CUCGUAUUUGUCGGAGACAGAGAGAGAGAGGGGGGCGGCAGCCAAAGACGACAUUUCCUUUUGGCUAGACAAUACUACGUCGUUUAUUUGGUGAUUGACCCUUUUCGACUCGGUCGUGAUCCAAAUAUAGCCCCUGCCGGAAGUCGAUCACUGAAACUUGGAAAGUACGACAGUGAGAAGAACAAUGGAUCCUCGUCUCUGGCACAAAGUUGCUGCUCUCUCUGGAAUGGCAGCUCUUGGGUUGGGGACUUAUGGUGCCCAUGGCUUCAAGCCCCAAAACCCAUCUUACAAAGAGGUUUGGCACACAGCAUCUCUCUAUCAUUUGGUUCACACAGCAGCCCUGGUUGCUGCCCCCAUCACCAAGCACCCCAAUAUUUUUGGAGGCCUUUUGACUACUGGAAUCAUGGCUUUCUCUGGGACGUGUUAUGCUGUAGCAUAUCUUGAAGACAGAAAGUAUUCAUCCUUGGCUCCAUUUGGUGGCUUUGCGUUUAUUGCUGCUUGGGCGAGCUUGCUUUUUUAAGAACUUCGGCUUUCUCAGAGAGAGAAGUUAUAUUUGUUGCUUUGAGUUUGGAGAACCUCUUGUGAAUCUGGAGAAUGAAGUCGAGCUUCUCAAGCUUGGAAAGUUGGUGAUCCAAAUUUGUGCAUAACUUUACCAAUAAAUAAUGCACUAGCUUCUUAUAGAUAUUUUGAUGAAUUUCUGUGUGAGACUAAAAGAUUCUUGUGAUACUCCUCUGGGAAGAUUUAGAUGGAUGUGUGAGUUAUAACUCAAUUUUAAACUUAUGCUGCUUGUAACAAAUUUAUGGUUUUCCACAGAAAAUAACUUUGGGUUCUAUCAUCGUGAUAUGAAUAUCCUUACGCA